AUGAAAGGGUUGGUUUACACGAGGGCGGUUUCGGAGCAUCGACCAUUUGGCUACAACGGAAUCUCAAAAAUAUUAUCCGAGAAACAUUUCUUGCUGGUAUGUCCAUCAAUUCCAAGUGCGGCACGCAUCCUGAAUAUUGGGAUGUUGAUGGUGAAAGAUAUACCAGCGUUAGAAAUUGCUGUAGGUUACAGGACAACGGCGUCAGCAGUUUUAAUUGCAAGGGAUCGAAUAAUUAACGAAACGCUGCUUCCUGGAUAUGAAUUCAACUUCACAGUCUUGUUCGACCAAUGCGAAGAAAAGAAAGCAGCUGGGCUCACUAUCGAAUUCAUCCGUGAUCUAAACGUUGACGCUAUUAUCGGACCCACAUGCAGUAACCCUGCCGUCGCAUCAGCCAUAAACGCUGCUUUCUACAAUAUUCCGAUCUUCACAUGGGGAUUGAGCAUUUCGUCAGUGUUGGAUAAUUUGAAUCGAUUCCCUACAACAGCAAUAAUGUCGGUCAGCUCGUCCAGCCUUGGAAUUGCGAUCAACACCGUGCUGAUGUCAUUCGGAUGGACGCAGUUUGCGUUCAUCUAUUCAAGUUUAGGAGAUGAUGAAAAAUGCAGCGUCAUCAACACUGACGUCCAAAACGUCUUCUCAAAAGCAGAUGAUGUGACACUCACCUACGCUUCAGAGCUAAUGAGCAUGACGGAUACAAAUGUGAUACGAACGCUAAACAAUGCCAGCACACGUGCAAGAAGUUGUUCUCCUAACUCGGUACCGUCUGACUGCCAUUUGUUGCGCGCACUGAAGAUGCAACUACUGGAGAAGAAAUUCGAUGACCAGAAAGAGCUGGAAAGUUCGUCCUUUUUCGACUCUCAGCCGUUGGAGUUCUCGACUUUUAUUGUCGUUUGCCUGAAUGAAAGAAACGAUCUGAAAAGAUCGUUUAUGCUAGCAGCGAAGGAUGGAGGGUUCCUAACCUCAGAGUACGUGUUCAUUUUUGCCGACACAAAAUCUAAAGGAUACACGAUAAUGCUCGAAGGAGGCAAGCAGAGACGUAUUUGGGAAGACACUAUGGAUUCAAAAGACGGAAGGGAUGAUGAAGCAAAAAUGGCAUUUCAGCAUACUUUAGUUAUUUCGGAACAUAUGGGAGCUGGAGAAGUCUUUGACAAGGAAGAUGAUGCAUUUGGCAAACUUGUUAUCUCACGAAUGAAAGAUCCUCCAUUUAAUUGCACUGAUGAGUGCAGAGGAGAAAAUUAUUCGAGUGCAGGUGCUUAUGCGGGUCAACUCAAUGACGUAUUCUACGCUUACGCACGAGCCCUCAACGCAACACUGAGGCAAGAUCCAUCGGCGUAUCGAGAUGGAACUAAGAUCAUUCGCAAUAUUGUGAUGGAAUUCCAAGGAGUGUCGGGUAAAAUCGUAAUGGGAAAAAGUGGUACACGCAAACCUGUCUUCUACCUCGAUGGCUUGGAUAGGAAUGGAGAACAAGUAUUAUAUGGCACAAUUGAUGUAGAUGGUUAUAAUGGGUUUUUCAAAGUUACAAAUGCAACCGAAAUUUGGUGGUCAUGGGGAGGAGGACCACCGCUCGAUGAGCCUAUCUGCGGAUUUAGUGGGAAACAGUGCCCCGAAAAUGUUCUCGUCAAAUAUCUUGCAUGGUUCAUUGUCGCUGCAUUUAUCUUGCUUUGUGCAAUAAUCGCUGGUUUUCUCGGGAUAAUUUACUCCAUCCAAGCAAGAAGGAAAGAGACUGAACGUUUAAACCAAAUGUGGCAAAUACCAUUUAGUUCUCUGGAAAGUGUUAGCAAGAAGAAAGAAAAUGUUGCUGCCAGGAAACACGAAGCUAGGGUAAGAAUGGAGUCUCAGGAUUGCCACGAGAUGAGAAAGAUGCGAGAGAUCGAGAACGACAACCUGAAUCGAUUUAUCGGUCUGUGCCAAGACGCCCCACAGCUGAUGUCAAUAUGGAAAUUUUGUGCUCGCGGUAGUCUCGACGAUGUUAUUACGAAAGGAUCUAUGACCAUGGACAAUUUCUUCAUAUUUUCGCUGCUUCGCGACAUUUCUAAUGGUUUGUCCUACAUCCAUAACUCAUUUCUACAGUACCACGGUUUUUUAACGUCACAAUGUUGUUUGAUUGACGAUCGAUGGCAAAUUAAAAUAUCCAACUAUGGAUUGCGAAAAAUAGGGGCUCUUGAUAACCGCGCUCCUAAAGACCUACUUUGGACGGCCCCGGAGCUUCUCCGUAAGAACGAUCGGUCUGGCAGCCAGGAGGGAGAUGUUUACAGCUUCGGAAUAAUAUGUGCACAAGUCAUCACCAAAACUUCGCCGUGGAACCUUAGCAAUAAAAAAGAAGAUCCUGAAGAAAUCUUGUACAUGGUGAGGAAAGGAGGACAUAUGCCAGCAAGACCUGAGUUAAACGUCGAUACUGACCUCGAUGUUAGCCCCGCUCUACUCCAUCUUAUACGUGACUGUUGGGCAGAGCGACCCUCCGAAAGGCCUACUAUAGCAAUGAUCAAAUCGCUCAUGAAAGGAAUGAAUUCAAACAGGAACGACAAUCUCAUGGAUCAUGUGUUUAAUAUGCUUGAGACGUACGCUUCCAAUCUGGAAUCUGAGGUUGAGGACAGGACCAAGGAAUUGAAGGAAGAGAAAAAGAAAAGUGACAUACUGCUCUAUAGGAUGUUACCGAAACAAGUUGCUGACAAACUAAAGCUUGGUCAGUCAGUGGAACCUGAGACUUUUGACAGUGUUACCGUAUUCUUCUCAGAUGUGGUGUCCUUCACCAAACUUGCUGGAAGGGGUACCCCAUUACAAGUCGAAACGAUUGGUGAUGGUUAUCUAUGCGUUAGUGGUUUACCCCACAGAAACGGUCAAGAGCACAUCAAAGCGAUAUGCAAUAUGUCACUUGGUUUCAUAAAAAGUCUUGAAGGCUUUCGAAUACCACAUUUGCCGCAGGAGCGGAUUAAUCUGAGGAUAGGAGCUCAUACAGGUUCCGUGGUUGCUGGAGUUGUUGGUUUAACAAUGCCGAGAUAUUGUUUGUUUGGUGAUACAGUGAAUACUGCGAGCCGAAUGGAAAGCAACGGAAAACCAGGAAUGAUUCAUUUGUCCGCAGAAGCGAAUCAUCUGCUGCACGUCGUCGGAGGAUUUCAAACAGAGCCUAGAGGAGAGGUUAUAAUUAAGGGCAAAGGGGUCAUGGAAACCUAUUGGCUACUCGGCACUGCAAGCGGAGUUUAUCGACCGCCAAUCCAAGAACCAAUUAUUACCAGCAGUACAGAACCUGCACAAAUGAAUAUAGAAGAUUGA